AUGGCAGGGUUGGAGAGAGUCAGUGAUGAAACUGACUUUAUCUUUUUCAUUUUAUCUCAUUCUGCAGAACACACUGUAGUUAUUUAUAAAUGUGUAACCACCAGCUGCCUUUUCUCACAGGUUUUUUUUACUCUCAAAAAUACACUGAUAAGCAGCAAACAAAGAACGACCACAGGACUACAUACAUUUGUAAAUAGUUAUUCAAAAGCAGUACAACUGGGAUACAUAAAAACCAUGAAAAGCCAAUUAAUAGGAUUUCUUAUGAACUUUUUUAUUUCUUUUUCACUUGCUUUGUAUUUUCACAGUGGAGAAAGAGAAGAGAAAUGUAUAAUCGAAGAUGUUCCCAGUGACACGUUGGUAAUUGGGAAUUACAAAGUACAACGCUGGGAUAUACAUAAACAAGACUUUCUUGAAUCUGCUCCUGGUUUGGGAAUGUUUGUGACUGUCACAACUCCUUCUGCUGAGGUUCUAUUGUCAAAACUGUAUGGGCCACAAGGAACAUUUUCUUUUACAUCCUAUCUAUCUGGGGAGCAUAUUAUCUGUUUACAGUCUAACUCCACAAGAUUUGUGGCAUUUGCAGGAAGUAAACUGCGUAUCCAUUUGGACAUUAGAGUUGGAGAACAUUUUUUGGAUGAAUCUGUUGUUCAAGCCAAAGAUAAAGUGAAUGAAGUUAACUUUAGACUAGAACAUCUAAUUGAGCAAAUUCAUCACAUAUCCAAAGAACAAAACUAUGAAAGAGAGCGUGAAGAAAAAUUUCGGAAGACAAGUGAAGAAACCAACAGCAAUAUUUUGUGGUGGGCUAUUGUACAAACACUAAUCCUCAUCUCCAUUGGAGUCUGGCAAAUCAAAUCUCUCAGAGAUUUCUUUAUAUCCAAGAAGCUUGUUUAA